UCUGGAUUGGUUCUAAAGUUUAGUGACAGUUGUUUUCAAUCCGUCUGCAUUUUUGAUGAUAAUAAUAUGAGGAAAUGUCUUCAUCGGAAGAAGAUUUUUUUAAUUCUUUGAAGAAAAAGAGAAAAAGGAAUGAUAUCAGUACAGAUGGCAUCGUUAGCAGUGACGAGGAAGCUCAUCAUGAACCCCACACUCCCACAGAUUCUUGUGCACGUCGUUCUACGCACAAGAGAAGCUCAGAGCGGCUGAGAAACAAGAAGCAGUUUGUUAUGCCAAAGAAGGAGGAUGUGUUAGAAGAUAUUCCGUCAACAGAGAAGAUCAAAUCAAAAACUCCAUCAAAAUGUGUCAACGACUUUACCAGAGUGACCCACAGGUACAAUGCUGAUCGGUACGAAACAUUUAACGAUGAUGAUUAUGACAGUGAUGAUAUUGAUGACUUUAUCGAUGAUGAGGAAGAAAGUGAUGAAGAUUCUUCAAAUGAAAAGCCACACCCCACUCGCAUCAAAGGAUACAAAAGACGACUAUUGCCUAAGGACAGCGACUCCGAUUCUGAAGAUAACUCGUGUCAGCCCCUUCAGAAUGAUUCAGAUGCAGAUGACAGUUUAGUGAAAGAGGGGUCAAGUGCAACUGCAAAGAACGGGUCAAGGUCGAAUUCACCAGUGGCUGGAUUAAAACUAAAGAAAGGCAAAUAUAAAAGUAAUGUAAUAGAAUCCAGUGAUUCCGACACGGAGGUAGAUGAAGGUAAUAACAGUGUGACAAACAACUCGGUUUUAGAAGGAAGUGAUAAGAAUCAAACACCUGUGGAAAAUUCAAAUAGUGAAGCUCACAGUUCUGUGAGAAUCGGAGAAAACCAAGAGAUCCCCACAGAAAUUGUGGUUAGCGCAGACUCUGGCACAGUAGUUGUCAUAUCUGACAGUGACGAGGAACUUUAUGCUUGCUGUGCCUCUGUGGAAAGCAGCAAACCUGAUGUUGUGACUUCUGAUAAUGAAAUUGAAAGUAGUUCAGGAUGUGAAAGUGAGAGUGAUGUUACUGAUUCUAGAAGUGAUGUAACUGAUUCUGGGAGUGAAACAGAAGAGGAACUUCAGAAAAAUGAUAGGGCUCACAGACAACGACAACAAAAGCUGAAAAAGUUUGAUGAUUUCAAGGAACAGAGGAGGAGAAAGAAAUUACCAACAUAGGAUUGUUCAUACUUUUUGUAUUUCAUACAUGUACAUUGAUAUACCUUUUGAUUUUUGUCAUUGGCUAUUAAUGACAUAUAUUUGGAAAUGUGUUCUUUUUCUUUGACAUGUAUAUGUAGCUGUACAGAUACAAUGUAUGUGAUAUAAUUUGUGAAUACAUGUAUAUAUCAUCUCUAUAUUAAUGUGUUUUUGCAUUUUACAAGGGGUAUAAUUUGUCCUGAUUUUGCAUUAACCUGUCAGAAUACAUACUGAUUAGCUUUGAUAAUUAGUAGAAUUAGAAGUUUCUUUUUAUCGAUAUGUAACUUCUAUAUAAUCAAUUAUUAAUUUUUUAUUGACAUCAAUAUAAUAAUUGUUAUGUUUUAGAUUACCAUAGCGAAUCAGUGUAUAUAAAUACAUAACAUAUGUAUGAAGAAUUGAAGGACCUAGUCGAGUAAUCGGCUCUGUGAUAUUUUUAGUCCCCUACCGAUGAAUUUGAAGGGGACUAUAGGUUUGUGCUUCAUCCGUCUGUCUGUCUGUCAGUCCUGCAAAUCAUUUUCCAACACUUUUUUUUCUCUGUUCUUGCAGAUAUUUAUUUCAUAUUUGGUACAUGUACAUUGCUUUGCCAUAAUAAAUUUACAGAUCAAGUUUGAAUUUGGUUUUGGUUUGUUGAUUUUUCACUAAGUUAUGACCCUUGGACUUAGAAAAAUAACAUGAAUCAUUAGUUUUCCGGACAUUUUUUAGUUUUGCUUACAGAUAUUCAUUUGAUAUUUUGUACAUUGCUUUGCCAUAACAAGUUACAGAUCAAAUUCGAAUUUCAUCUUAGUCUGUUGAAUUUUCACUAUUAAAGUUAUGGCCCUUGAACUUAGAAAAUUGUGUGAAUUAUCAGAUUCCGGACUGGGGCUUUUGUUGUGCUUGCAGAUACUCAUUUGAUAUUUGGUUUAUUGCUUUGCCAUAACACGUUACAGAUCAAGUUUAAAUUUUGUAAUUUUUUUAUUCGAAAAAUAGUGUGAAUUAUCAGUUUUGCGGACUUUUUUUGUUGUACUUGCAGAUACUCAUUUGAUAAUUGAUACAUUUUUAGUUUGAUUCUACAAAGUUGAUAAGAGCUAGUGGAGUCACAUCCACAACAGCUUAAAGUUUACAUCCAAGUUUCUUUUUUAUGUAGAUAAGAGUACUACACUCAUUGAAACUUCUAACAUAUUAAUACAACAAUGUAGCUAAAUUAUUCAUGAUCACCUACGUUUCACAGUUCAUUGACUUGUUGAAAGACCUAAACCUAAUUAUAAUUUUGUCUUUUUUCCUGGUUUAGUCUUUGUGCCUGAAUAGUAGUUGAUUUCGAGCCAUUCCUAUCCUGGUUCCCCAAUUCUCCCCAUUACCAUAUCCUACAUAAGGGACUUCAAAUAUUGUUGCGGUUCAGUAAUUUUUGCGACCGGUAGGGGACUAUGUAUUACCUUGCAAUACUCUCAGAAUGCUUGUUAUUAUAUACAUAAACGUAUAUGAUAUACCCCUUGUAAAAUUCAAAACUGUGUUUUGAACAAAAAAUAAGAUAUAUUUCCAGGAACUUCAUUCUAUAUAACUACAUGUGAAUAUGUUAUAUUUAAAGGAAUAAAAAAAAAUUUAAUUUGAGACAAUGCUUUGAAUGUAUUAUUUGAACAUGUCAUAUCUUUUUAUCAGUCAAAUAAAAAAAUAUUUAAAGAUG